GGAAACUUGUAUCUCAGAUUUCAUAAACUGCUACAGGACACAGGGCUGGCAAGACAGUUGUGAUGCUGGACUAAGGAAGCUGUAGUUGGGGGGGGUCAUGGGGGCCCUGAAGUUGUAUAAAACUCAUUCACAGAGGUGAAGCUGGAGUGUUAUCUGUCUACUCCUUGCUGUUAGUGAAAAGGUGUUACACACGUGCUGUUCUUCCACAUCUGGUACUGCUUCUGCUGCCGUCAAUCUUUGUUAGUGUGUUUGUAUGUGCGCACUCUGUGCAAACCUACCCACUCUAAAAAACAUGCACACUGCCUUUAUCAUCUCCACCACUCCACUGCUGCUGAUGUUGCUGCCUGACUUGAUGGAUGCUGCUACCUGGAGUAGGAAGUAUGCUGUAGACUGCCCCAGUCGCUGUGACCCAGGUUCUUGUCCCAGUGUGCUCCACUGCAAAAGGACUGUGCAAGAUGACUGUGGCUGUUGUAAAGUAUGUGCUGCUGCUCGAGGGGAGACCUGCUACCGUACUGUUUCAGGCAUGGAUGGUGUGAAAUGCGGCCCUGGCCUGCGCUGUCAGUUUUACAAAGAGGAGGAUGACUUUGGUGAUGAAUAUGGACUCUGUAAAGACUGUCCAUUUGGCACGUAUGGGAUGGACUGCAGAGAAACAUGCAUGUGCCCUUCUGGAAUAUGCAACAGAGAAAAUGGCAAAUGCAUCAGGUUCCCGUUUUUCACUCUUCUUGAUGGAAAUCCCGAAAGUAAACACAAGUCUACUCCUGCAGCAGAAAAUGAGAUGGCAUCUGGUGACGGAAACAAUGAUAUAAAGACUGAUGUCAUAAAAGAGCAAAGAACAACAUCCCUGCCUGGCCCAAAAUGGCUGACACCUCGCUGACAGCUCCCUACCAUUUGUGGACUUGUAAAAAAAACUGUGACUCACAGAAACUGUUAAAUAGAGACAAUAUUUUGUACAGACAACAGGAUCCAUUAUAUUACCCAUACAUCUGCAGGAUAAUGAGAUUUGAAACAGUGUAAUAUGGAGAAAAAAGAGACUAUGUAUUUAUUGGAAAAGUCAUUACUGAGAACAGUAACCAAAACUUCAAUCAUUCUCUGUGAAUAUUCAGGGAGGAAUGUAUUUUUGAGUUGUUGAUUUAAAGACAUGUACAGUAAGUCUAAAGUAGGCUGAGAUCUAAAGUAAAUAGUUUGCAUUAUAUUUCUUUAUUUAAAUAAAGUCUAAAUUUAAUACCCA